ACAGACACACAGUGAGAGGGAGAAAGUGGUUGAGGGAGGCCGGUGGAGGCGAGCGUUUCCUGUAAUCAUAUCAUGAAGGCGGCGUUGUCCUCCUCUUCCUGUUUUCUCUUGUGUCUCAGACACAGUACAGGUGACAUGAACAGUGAACACGAUGGAUCUCCUCUGUUGUUGCAGACACAGGGACAUCACUCUGCUUCGUCCAAGACUCAAACGCUCUGUAGGAUGUCUGAGGGAGAUGUCACAGUGCUGCCAUUUGGGUCUCUGGACCUGUCCAGGCAGGAGCACCGGAUACUGACCAGACUGUACAGCCAGAACGGAGGAUAUCACUUGAGGAUUUUACCAGAUGGAACUGUGAGUGGUGGCAGGCAGGAAAACGACCCUUAUGACAUCCUGAGGCUGAAGGCUGUGAGUGUAGGAGUGGUGGUCAUCAAGGGCGAGAUGACAGGAAGGUACCUGGCUAUGAACAAAAAUGGACGCCUCUACGGAUCACAAACACUAAAUGAUGAGUGUUACUUCCUGGAGAUGUAUGAAGAAAACCACCACAACACAUAUUGCUCCCAGAAGUACAACUGGUAUGUUGGGCUGAAGAGGAACGGCCAACCCAAAGCGGGACCAGACACCCACCAGGGUCAGAAGGCCAUCUUUUUUCUGCCAAGGCCUGCGGGCAACAUGUAAAACAAGACGGUACCAGGAACCGUGGACGCACUCACUGAAGUCUUGUUACGCUGAGAAAAGUAUCCCAUUUAAAAGGUCGCUUAAAAUCAGCACAACAGUGCGGUGAAGCCCGAGCAAACACAUAAUGCUGUUUUUACAGUUAGUUCGAGCUCCAUUUCAAUCUUAAUAAAACCUUUGUUCAUUCCUUAUGUUUAUGCAGGGGAAAUGUGAUUCCAGCUCAUGUAAGCAGAUGAUGAUGAUGUGAUCGUCACAGGGAUAUGAGCUAAUACACAGAAUACUUUCUGCCUAUAAGCACAUAUACACCCUCUCACUCCAGACAGAAAAUGUGUGCGGUAUCAGUGCAUGUCAGCCUUGAUAAAUGGGUGUUCACUUUGAAAGCUAGUACGAAAUACCACUGCUGGAAGACAGCAACGUGCCACUUUUACACAGAAAUAGUUUUACAAUUGAUCACGUCUGGCACAAAGGAAACCAACAAGGCAGUAAACAUAAAAGAGCCGACCAUCUGGCAUUGAAAUCCAACUCAAACUUCACAGUGAAGGGAAUGAUAGCGUUAAUUUAAGUAUUUCAGUGCCUUGCCUGACGGUGCGUCUGGACGGAUGUUUGUAUGGCUGAAUAUCUAAUUAGUAACUAUUUUUAAUCUUAAGUAUGUUUGAUGCCCGUCUUAAUUAAAAGGUAAUUUUAUGAAAGUAGACAUACCUGCAAAAACACACAAACAAAACAUGAAAACAGACUAAACUUUGAAACUGUUGAAAAACAGCACCCAUGUUUAUGAUCGGGUUCACCAAGACAACAGUGAAGCAUUCGUAUGAUUAUAUUAUCAUAUAGUUAUUAUGUACCUGGGUGAGCUGACAGUCUCACAGGAAGAUGUGAAAACUUGUUGCAGUAAUCAGUGAGGUUAUUAUCGAGUUGUAAGUUGAUGAAAGGAUGGAACCAAAGAAGAAUUUAACAUCUUGGUGACACCAAAUGCCCGAGUGUGGAUUGUUUGAGGUAGAGACGGACGAUAUAAUAUUGCACACUGUCCUGGACCACGUUAAGUUUCCCUUUACUAAGCACAACGGCUCAGCUUCCCAGCCCAACACUUUUUUCUGUAAACAUAUUUCUCUUAUAGUUGAAACACAUGUUACUGUAACAUUAUACUAGGUUAUAUUACAAUUGUGAAUAUUUAUUUGUAAAGUUUUAUUGCUGAUACAAUUCUAUUUUGCUGAACGUUGUCGUGGACAAUUGCAAAAUAAUAAUUUAUACAUACAUAAUAAAUGAAGAAAGUGGUAGUAUGAUCACCUUUUAUGUAAGUAAUACAUAUUGUAUUAAGUGUUCUUAAAUGUAUGAAAUAAAGUCCGCAUUAUUAUGAAAAAAAAAAUAAAUAGAAUGUUUGAUUUUCUGUAACAGUGAGUGUUGUUCUAAAACGUGUGAAUAAAAGUUGAUCAGAA